CUACUACCUACCUUACUACAGUAAAUCUUAGUGAUAAAUCAAGUCACAAUUGGAUUUCUCACAAAAAGCAAUGGGAAAAUUCCAAGUCGUCGUCGCUGGAAGGGUUGAGAAAAAAUAUUUGUUGCUGGCGGCGCUGAUAGCUUCCGUUUGUGGCUCAUCUGCAGGUGAUGUCAUGACGGUCCCUCCAUUGGAACCAUAUUUCGAUCUCACCAUACCCUCAAAUGUGACAACAAAAAAUGCUCUUCUCCGGGAGAUGAGACAGGAACAACUUACUACGUACGCUCCACCAAACGUAACUGCAAACAAUGCUUUACUCCGGAUCUUACGAGCAACUUCACCGAUGAAUGUUUCCACUGCCCAAAAUGUGCUGAUUCGAAACUUGAGAGUUGAGGAAUUUACCGGAUCACCAUUGAACUCGACAUCAAAAAAUUCUCUCUUGCGUCUUAUAGGAGAAAAUAGUAUUACGACGGCUGCAACAUCAAACUUGACUACCAGAAAUUCACUUCUUCGAGCGAUGGCGCCUGCAAGUUUCACAACAGCCCCGAAAAGAAAUGCAACUACAGAAAAUACGAUUUUGCAAUUACGAAGGAAAAAUGAAGUUAAAACCACACCGUCGACGAAUGCCACUACAUCAAACAUGCUUUUGCGCAUCGCACGUGAUGUUGAAACAACAGAGGGCGCUAUUGCAUUGACAACACCAGUCACGAAAACUGCAGUUGAAAAACUUCUACGUGUGGUUGAACCUGAAUCUACGCUAACUACAGUCUCCCCGACAAAUGAAACAACCGGUAAAAAUGAUUUGCUUCGCAUUGGAAUGAAUGAGGUUACAACUUCACCUUCUAAUACAACGUCUGGGAACAUAAAUUUGCGUUUGCUCGAAGUGGAGAAACUCUCAUUUACUGCAUUACCUACGGCAAAUACCACAAAUUCGGAAAAUCUGCAUAAUCGAAACAUGCCAGGGGUUACGCCGGAAAACAAUUCAAAUACAGAAAACCAAACCGGAAGCCACACAAAAAUGCCAGAAUUACGUAGACUUGGAACGACGCCAAACACAACUACGAUCCAAGACAACACCCAAGCUAACCAUGCUGCGGCCUCAAGAAAUGAAAAGCUUACUGAAAAGGCUAAAGAUUGUGAUUGGAUGACCGAAAAAGAGAGAAAAACUGUGAUCAGUUUACAAGUAACAGGAAAAAAUUUGACGGUGGAAAGAUGGUUCGCAGAGGCCGACGCCGAAUUCCGACGUGGUAUCGCUCAAUGUCUUACGUCCACAGUGGAUCUCAAUAUCACAUUCUCAGGAGAAGAUUUAGCUUAUGUCAAACCAUCACCCAAAGAUUUAGAAGACGACACUUUGCAGAUAUAUGUGUUUCUUCGAAAUGGAAAGAUAGUAGAUAUGGAAAAACGAAUUAAAGUGUCGAACGAAACAGAUGAAACUGCACGGUCUCUCAUGAAACUUGGCGUCAUUCAAGCAAUUAAAUUAAAUGUUUCAAAGAGUAUAUACGAUGCUGUCGAGGAAUCGGUUACUAACGGCCUUCCCUGGCCAGACUGUAAUUCGCUCUUCACAGAGUAUCUGUAUCUAUGGAUCACUCUUGCUGUUCUCGUUAUUUUGUUGAUCAUCGGAUCGGCUGUUUUGACCUGGUACUGCUGGAGAAGAGGAAAAAGCGUUGAGUUGAAGACACACAAAGGAAUCUCUUUACCGACUACAGACGAACUUUGCUGUACGGAAGUGGUCACCAUAUCCGGGCAUGACAAUCCUGCAAUGGACAUCAACGGUGAAGAACAGAGUCCGCCGAAGAAGAAGCAGGCUCCGUUGCCUCCGACUCCGGAGAUGACGACAUUCGGUAAAACAACCGAAACCGCGGCGGUCACCGAAUACGAGACCGCCAUCGCGCCGUACGAGCUCGAAACGUCUUCUGAGUGUUCGGUACCUCAGGACAGGGAUCCAUCGAAUGGCGUAGAACUACAGGACACAAAAUUUUGAUCGUCGUUAUUGUGACAUUUACUAAAGAAAACUACCACAUAGGCCUAACAUUUUUGCUGACAAACAUGAAUCGUUUAUGGUCAUCAAGUGCAGUUUCAUCAUAAUUAAUUCUGUAUAAUGCAUCUACGCAUCAUGAUGGUUUGAUAUUUUUGACUACUUGCCUCAAAUAUUUAUAGUUUCAAGGGAAUGAAUGGACAAAGUGUAUCGAAUAAUUUGUACAUACCUUAGUAAUUUUCAUAAGCCUUACUGGCAAACAAGAGCGUCCAUAUUUUUGCGAUUGCAAGCAACGUUUUUACCUCGGACUGCUACCUCUACGCUUGUCGUUUAUGCCAAAUUUCUUUGUGGACCAGUAAUUUUUGUAAUUUCUCACUAACCCAUGUACAUAGUGUGUUUUGUAGUUUUUACUAACAUUUUUACUUGUGUGAUGCUAUGGCCACAGCGCGGGGUUAUUCCGUUUAGGCACAAUAAACCUCGUGUGUGCUUUGAUACUGGGUCGUCACAAAUUGCAUGUUGCCAAAAAUUGAAAAUAAAAGAUUUCAUGAAACUUGA